CGUCUUGGUGUCAUCAUACCGAUCUUAUCCAGUCUAAUAUUCAUGGAAACAGUUUACAGUCAAAUCAGAAACGCAUUCGUUGACCAGGCCAUUCACAUGGAUCUAGGUUUUGACAGUCAACAAAAUCGUUUUGACAAAAACAACACAAUUAUGUCUGACUACUGUGACAACACUACUACUCGUCACACCGUUAUUCCCACAGCAGUAAUGUACACAAUAUGUUCAGGAACAGUCCUAGUCAUGAUUCCAGUUACUUGGUGCAUUGUACCCAGAUUACACGCCAAAUGGAAGCGUCGUCUACCCACCAUGUUAGAGCGCAUUCUAAUAGGAAUGGUGUUAGGUAUAGUAACAUGCUUGCUAGCAAUUGUUACCGAAACAAUCCGCUUAAAAACUGGACAUAUCCAUCAUAUCUGCGGGAAUCACAAACUGGAAGACUCUCAUAUCCCACUGAUCAUCUACUCGUCAACUUCAGUUUUCAUUCAAACACCACAACAUAUCACAUUAGGUCUAAGCAGUGCAUUGAUCAUCACUGGUGUGAGUGAGUUUGUUCUGUCUCGGGCACCAAGUAAAUUCCGAUGUACUGCAUACGGUUGUACAUUCUUUGUUGAAGGCGUGGGAUACUACAUUUCAAUCAUCCUUCUUCUUAUCAUGAAGAAAUCUGAUUGCUACUAUCAGACAUACUGUACUUCAGCAGCAAUCAAUAUCAAGGUCCUACUGAAGCAAGAAAGUGAAUCAAAGACUUGGGUUUUCUACACUGUACUGACUGUACUGAUGAUUGCUGGAACAUUAGCAUUUGGGUGGGUCAAGUACAGGCACAGGGACGUGCUGAGAAAAGAAAGAAACCGAAUACCUACACGAGUUCAGCUGUCAUCAUAAAUAACUAUUACAUAAACUUCUGUAAUUACUAUGACAAACAAUAGUAACUGUUGCUAGUAAAGAAACGAAUGGUAGUCAACAAGGAUGACCAUAAUCCUACAAUCAAUAUAAUAUUGUCACCCAGUGAUAAACAAUAUUAGAAGACCAGACAUGCUGUUGGUAUAGUAGUAAUGCCAUAACACACAA